AUGGAAUCCGACCUCGACGCGGAUAUCUCCUCUAUCCGCGCAGAAAUCCGCGCCCUCCAAUCCCGCAAACGCUUCCUCUCCUCCAGCCUCCUCGCCUCCGACGCUCUCCAAAAACACUUCUCCGACCCUGACACCUUGUCAUCCGCAAAAUCGCAAUUGCAGCUCGCAGAAGCAUCCCCCCUGGUCCAAUCCGCCAACACCCACACCGAAUCGAACCACCACCGCAUCGCGUUCUCGACGACCGCGUUUCCGUUUACAGACCCUUCGCCUCAUGGCUCGUCGGGAGGCGGUAAAGAUCAAAAUAAAGAUAAGGAGAAGGAGAAGAGUCUACUAGGUGUGCGCAUCGACAUUUGCGCGCGGAACGGCCGCUUCGCGAAACCGUACUAUGUACUCCUAAAGCGAGUUCCAGGACCAGAUGGCCAACGGCGGCUGCGCGUACAUCGACAUACGAUCCCCGCGUUUAUCUCGAUGGAGAAACUAGAGCGGACAUACCUGCCUACACCCUCGCAGACAGAAGAGCAGGAACAGAGAGAAGAAGAGGAGGAGGAAUUGAAACCUUGGAAGAAGAAGAAGCGACCCAAUAGAAAACCAGACCUCCACGCCUUCGUCCGAACACUCCGACGCGAACUAGUCUCGUGGCAGAAGAGACGCGACGCUGUCGGGUUAUUACGGGAGAAGCUUGGGGUGCGGAAUCAGGAUUCUGACUCCGAGCAGGAUAUUUUCUCUGACGUCAAAGAUGGAGAAGGGUGGUUACCAAUAAACCCAAUGGGUCUUGCAUCGCUAUCACCAACCGCACUGGAAGCACGAUACGUCAGAUUAGAAUGGGAAGAUGGUCGCGUGGGGAGAUUCAAAUUGUCGAAUACCGGGAUGGUGGAGCGCGCGGUUGUGAUAGGGGACCAGGGUAGGGAUAAAAUACUGGAAGCAGCUAUGACAGGCGGUGAUGGGCGGGUAGAAAGCGUGCUGGACCGGUUGGGGCAGUAUACUACAUCGAAGCCCUGA